AUGAAAAGGAUUAUGCGCAACACUUUUGAGGAGGUGGAAUGCAUGAAACUGGAUAUGAUUGAUGGAAUCGUGGAAGAACUUUUCCUGGUUUCAAAAGUCAUAUUCCAUUCCGAGGAGACACAAGAAACUUCCGGGGAAGAAUAUUCCAGAGAAGAUGAGCCAAAAGCCGAAAAUUUGAUUAGAAGAGAGAGCGUGACACCACCUUCUUCUAUUUCUCCAUCAAAGGUUGAGCUUAAAACGUUACCAUCUCACUUACGGUAUGCGUUUUUGGGCGACAACAUGACACUUCCCAUUAUCAUCUCGAACAAUUUGUCGGAAACACAAGAAGCGAGAGUUGUCAAAGUGGUGAAGCAACAUAUAUUGGCGAUCGGUUGGCAAAUUUCGGACAUCCGAGGAAUUAGUCCCUCGGUGGUCAUGCACAAGAUCCACCUAGAAAAGGAGGGAAUUGUCUUGGGACAUAAAAUCUCCAAGGACGGCAUUGAAGUAGAUAGAGCAAAAACGGAAAUCAUCGAGAAAUUACCACCACCAACUACCGUAAAAGGCGUUCGGGCCUUCUUAGGGCACGCCGGGUUUUAUCGACGAUUCAUCAAAAAUUUCUCUUCCAUUGCUCGUCCUUUAACUAAUUUGCUUGUUAAAGAUAUUCCUUAUGAAUUUACUAAUGAUUGCCUUGUUGCUUUUUCUAUGUUGAAGGAAGCCCUUAUCUCGGCCCCAAUUAUUUCAUCACCCGAUUGGACUCUCCCUUUCGAACUCAUGUGUGAUGCAAGCGAUAUAGCACUUGGGUGCGUAUUGGGGCAACGGAAGGAGAAAAAGCUUCAUGUGAUAUACUAUGCGAGCCGAACAUUGGCGGAGUUUGACAUAGAAAUUCGCGACAAGAAAGGAACGGAGAACGUCGUCGCCGACCACUUGUCAAGGUUAGAAAUUCCGGAACCAAUUAUAAGUGGCAUAGAGAUUAAUGAAACGUUUCCGGAUGAGAUGUUGAUGGUACUUUCGGAAGUAGAAACGCCAUGGUAUGCGGAUAUCGCAAACUAUCUAUCUUCCGAAAUAAUGCCGCCGGAUUUGACUUACCACCAAAGGAAGAAGUUCUUGAGCGAUGCUAAACGGUUUCUAUGGGAGGAACCGUACCUCUUCAAGGUGUGUGGAGAUGGGAUUUUGAGGAGAUGUGUCCCACUACAAGAGAUGAUGCCUAUACUUAGUCAAUGCCAUUCCUCGGACUAUGCGGGUCACUAUGGUACAUCAAGGACCGCCGCUCGUGUGCUAGAGUGCGGAUUCUUUUGGCCUACGCUAUUUCGCGAUGCAAAAGACUUUGUUAGUCAUUGCGAUCGAUGCCAAAGAGUGGGGAACAUAUCUAAGAGAGAUGAAAUGCCGCUUACCAACAUUCAAGAGGUGGAACUUUUCGAUGUAUGGGGAAUAGACUUCAUGGGUCCAUUUCCUAUGUCGUUUGGAAAGCAAUACAUAUUGAGAAUUCUAGAGAAAACGGUUAAUAACACAAGGAAAGAUUGGUCACUAAAACUAGAUGAUGCAUUAUGGGCAUAUCGUACGGCUUUUAAAACGCCCCUCGGAAUGUCCCCAUAUCGUAUUGUUUUUGGGAAAGCAUGCCAUCUUCCGGUGGAACUUGAACAUAGAGCAUAUUGGGCCAUUAAAAAGCUAAAUUUUGACCUCAAAGCGGCGGGGGAGAAACGUAUGCUUCAACUCAAUGAGUUGGACGAAUUUCGGUUAAAUGCUUAUGAAAACGCCAAGCUUUACAAAGAAAAGACGAAACGAUGGCACGACGCUCAUAUCGUUCCUAAAACUUUUUCGGAAGGCUCUUUUGUCUUGCUCUACAACUCACGCCUCAAAUUAUUUCCCGGGAAAUUAAAAUCCUGUUGGAGCGGUCCUUUCAAAAUUCGAACGGUGGCAAGUCAUGGAGCUUUGGAAUUGGAGAACUCUAGUGGAGAAAUCUUCAAAGUAAAUGGACAACGGUGCAAGCCGUAUCUUGGACCUUUGACGGAUCAAGUGGUGGAACAAAUCACGUUCACCACUCCUACAUAA